AUCAGAUUGCAGUCUAUAUGAGGAAUCAAUACAUCUGAUUUCUCAGAAAAUACACACAAAUCAUUAAGUUGAUUUGGUAUAUGUAUAGUUCUAUCAAUACAAAAAUUUCAAAAAAUCACUAAUUCUCAGAACUUCAUUGAUUUAAAUAAAACCAAAAUUUUGAUAAGGUAGAAAUGGCUAAUUCAACUGAUGAGGAGAAGUGAUUGAUCAUAAUUUAAUUUAGAAUUUAUGUAAAUCUGGAUGAAGUUUAUAAAACAGAUUAUAAUUUGAAGAUGAAUAGAAUAAAAAUGAGGAUUAAACCAUUUAGCCACUAAUUCAAUAUAUUAUCCAUAUAGAUCGAUAAAUUCAUUAAUAUCUAUUUCUAUAAGGCGUGACAUGAUUCGAAUAAAAUUUGACAACAUCAUUUUCAA